CUCCGAGUAUGUCGUCCAGAUAGUAAGGUGGAAAGGAAUCUAUGCAGUGUUUAGAACAUUUCCAGUCCAUAGCGACAAAUAUGGAGGGAUAUUUUCGGCCUGUGAUGUCCCCUUUUGUCAUUGGAAUGCUGCUUUUCACAACAGUUUUGACCCAAGAUCCCUGUUUAAUACAGAACCCCGAUGCCGUGCCAGAUCUGGAACUGAGAGGACCCAACACCGUCAACAUUGGUUUAGAGGAUUUAUUCUCUACAAACACUGAUUGGUACAGUGGUACCAGUAACUACGAUAUGGUCACCACCUACGAUCCGGCAGAACAACAUCCAGUGGACAAGUGUGGCUCCCUGUUUCCUGUUAUGAUCGUAGGUCCGAAUUCUACCAUACCUGACAACAAUACACAGCAGGUUGUAACGGUUAGGUAUUACAACGUGGCGUCUAUGACCUGGGACACAACCGAUAUCCAGGUCAAAGACUGUGGUAGCUACCGAAUGUACCAACUGAAGUCGAUACCAAUGGGGACAUACUGCUUCGCAACCAACGCGAACGCAGACCUAUGUGUUCGGAACGACAUUCCGGAGGUACAGGACAUUUUGGACCGCAUUCCUAUCAUCGAUGCAGCAUUCAUUGACGACAGUAACUUGACAACAGGCUGGUACAAAAGUUCCCUACUAGAUAUAUCUCAGCCAUUCCUUGUUGACAACCAAACCUUCUAUCACUGUGGCGGAUCACAACCAAUAUAUGCCGAAAGUCCAUUACCAGCUGACGACGGGAUGGUGCACGAUAUGAAUUUGACUGUUUUCAAUAUAAGUGGAGGUGAUCACUCAAACGUCGAGAUCCAAGUGAGGAAUUGUGGAGGGUUUCGGCUCUACCACCUCUCGGCCAUGGUACCCAGCGGUGCGUCCUACUGCUUCGAUGUUCCCCAUUCAACGGAUGAAGCUGCGCCGGGAUAUCAACCACAAGUGGCGAUUGACAUCUACCAUGAGUGCGUGAAUGGCACAGAAAGGAUAAAUGCGGUGUGUGAGUUUGAACCCGAGGCUGUAAACGACACGUACUUUUACCUGAUCACGUGGUACGUCUCCGGUACACCCCUCCAAUAUACGCAGCAGAUUACCGCAGACGAAAGAGAGAUGGCUAUAUUAACGGAUCAAGAUCUCGUCAAUCAGGGAUUCUACCGAGAAGUUGAGCUGUCGUGUGGAGUUGCUGUCCGAUCAACAGCGACGGGAAUUGUUGGAGAAUUUUUCACAAGUAGCAAAGUCUUCUUCGGACUAAAGACAAAUGAAACAUCAAUUGAGAUUGAGCCCGGAGAAUUCCACGAUGUUGUCAUUUUCGUCAACACUCCUAUCUCUUGCGCAUGUGGAGAAGAGUUCUGCAAUAUAAAGCUGUUUGUGGACGAUUUUAGUGUCCCAAAUACGCCGGUGAACCGCAAUGAGGAUAUGGCUUUCAUCGUAACAGAGGGUAUUGAAGAUGGUGAAGGCGGCUUCGUAUCCGGAGUUAUCGUAGAAGGUCAGGGCAGUACCCCUCUGCGAAGACGCCGAAGUUUCAGCCCAAGUGACGGACCAACUCGUCUUGGCAUUAAAAUAAAGCACAUGUUCCCGUACCGAACAAAGAAUUACAUAACCAGAGAGAGAAUACCUCUGAUGUUGCGGAUGAACACUAAUAGAAACGCAUUUUGGCCCGACGGAAUUUUCGGUUGCAUUGAUGUCCGGGUACGUGACCGGCCUGAACGAAUUCACUGGAGGAAGAAGGAAUGCCACGCUGUCUGUGACCCACACAUGCUUUCGUUUGACGGCAGGAAAUACGAGUCACAGGAUGAGGGAGAAUUUUUGAUGUAUAAGUAUUGUCCCGAAUAUUUCCCGCAUUGGUAUCCUAAUUCAAACGUCAACCUUAAGGUUCAUUUAAAGACAGUUUCAUGUCGGGGCGACGGCAACAUUCCGUUUUGUCCCUGUGGAGUAGCCGUGAUGGCUGGCCAUGAUAUCUACGUGGUAGACACAUGUGGUGAUACCCGCUACCAAGGCUUCACCCGCUGUGAGGAUCACAUACUCCAUGUAGAAGCAACCGACACCCUAGUCAAAAUAUGGCUACCCCAUGGAACUCGUGUGGAAGCAAGAAAGACUGGAGGAAAGAGUUCAUUUCAACUGUGGAAUGUGUGGAUAUAUCCGUCUAUACAUGACAUCCACAGCAGCUGUGGUUUGUGUGGAUCUUUAGACGACAACUGUGGCAAUGAUUGUGAUGUGUUUAAUGGCCAGACAUACCAAAGUCCUUAUGGAGACGACUGUAGCUCACACGGACUCGUCAGAGAAUUUACGGAAAAGUUUCGAGUAGCAGAGGCACAGACACUUUUCACGCCAUUAAAAUACGAUAACAUUGUCUACAUCAAUCCAGCCCCCUUUAGACCAGAUAGUUCAAGUUACUGUUUCUGUGGACACCGACAGUGGCCCGGAGAUCCAGUCUCGUGCUCGUGUCAGCAGACACAUUGGUGGGGUGACGUCAGAGAUACGAAAUGCGACGAAUUCUUAGAGAUACCGCCAAAUCCGUUACCUUCUGUCAAACAACUUUUCGUUGGUGGAACCGGAGUAGUUGUUCCCGACCCGGCGACACAAAUUGAGUGUGACACUAUGAUGGCCGAACUGAGGGAAACAUUUCUUAGUUGCCGUGCAUUUGCAGAACAACUCCAAAACUGCAGGGCAGAUCUUAAAUUAGACCCGAAUGCAGGCACUGACUGGAUAGAAAACUCCAGACAAAUCCUGGAAGCCUCAUGUCAAACAGAGAACGCAGCAGAACGUGAGCCGGUGCUGGCCAUUACGAACUUAUGUCCGUUAGGCUGCGGUGACAAUGGGCGAUGUGUGGAAGGGGAAUGCGAGUGCAAUCCAGGAUUCGGAAACUCCCGUUGUGACACAGCGAUAACAGACCAAGUGGAAGUACUUGGUGUACGAGAUAAUUUGUGUAACAGAAGGCGUCUCCCGUGUAGAAGCUUCACCAUUAAACCAAGGUCAAGGGCAUUCGUCCCCGAGUUUGCCUACACAGCAAGCAUCGAUGUUAGAUCAAUAACGCCGAGUGGCAGCAGAUCUGUUUUUGGCAGUGGAAUAAAUAGACAAUGUACUGUGAAGAAUUUUAUGUGUCUUAGUGUAGACAUGCCGCUGAUUAAGCCUUCGCCGUACCAGUAUUAUCGAUAUGGUACCAGAUCUAAACGAUCAACAACCAACGAGAUAGACAAUGGUAUCGAAAUGGAAGACAGUGACGGGAGACAAAGGAGGCAAGCUGAAUCGAAAUCAUUUGUAGAAGGCCAAGAAUCAUUCGUCAUGGAGUAUGUGAUCACCAUAACUACGGACAAUGUGACCUACAGUGACCCCGUCAGCGCAUUUAGUUUUGACGCCACCUGUGUAGGGUAUGUGGAUAACGGUGGUGGUGACGUCACGUUCUUCAUCAAGCCUUCGUUCUGUUUCCUGGACUUUGAGUGUGUGCCUAAUGGAACAUAUCACAUUACUGACUGGUGUAGGUUUUGUCACACUGAUCGCAACCCGACAGACUGGACAGUAGAUCUCGACCAAGCAGAGUGUAUUGAGGUCAAACUCAGUAAACUGCCAGAUCCUGUCGAACAGCCACUGAGUAUAGCGGUCAUAGCUUGCAUUUCAGCAGCUGUAUUGGUCGUACUCAUUGUGGUGGCCGUCUUCAUUCUAUACCGCAUUUACCGCAAGACCAUACCAAAGAAUGCAACUUUUGCACAAAUCGGACAUGCACUUGGACAAAAGAAUCCCCACUUCCAGCCAAAGGAGUUCCUACCCGAGAAAAAGAAACACAUUAUCUGAAGAUGUCCUGACCUUUCAUUUAUCUAUCAUAUGUAUCUACCAACUAUGCCAGACAGCUACGAAUAUGAUAUGUCUUUCUAUGGUAAGAAAAUAGUCUUAAACCAAACAAAGUAUGUUAAAAUCAUCACUAUAUAAACAAAAAAACCCCAAAACAUCCGUCAUAUUUAACAAAAUAUGACCAUGUUUGUUCAAGAACUCGACAUCUGUUAGAUAUGAAGUGUGACGUCUUCUUACAGGUUUCCUUUGAAACCUUUAAGCAACUGUUUUGUAAAUGUUAAUAUCUUCUCUUCCCUUUUCAAAGAGGGAUGAAAAGAAAAUACUUUUAAGUUUAUUUUUUUCUUAAAAAAAAUUCUUGUAUUCUUUUUAUUAUCAAUUUUUGGCUUCUAACACAGAAAACAUACCCUAUGGCCAGAUUGGUUGAAAAGAUUUCCUUUUUUUUUCAAAGCAAACAACACUCGUGUCUAUGUAAAAUGUGUGAAUUCCUAUUUGCAUUGACCAAAUAACAACAUACUAAUAAUUCUUUUUAUUAUCAAUUUUUGGCUUCUAACACAGAAAACAUACCCUAUAGCCAGAUUGGUUGAAAAGAUUUCUUUUUUUUUUCUAAGCAAACAACACUCGUGUCUAUGUAAAAUGUGUGAAUUCCUAUUUGCAUUGACCAAAUAACAACAUACUAAUAAGUUUUUUAAUCAAUAGCAGCGUGUUUUCAAAUGGUACACACACAUUGAAAUUAAAGUCAAUUCUUUUUUAACAUAUGGAGACGGAUGUGAAAUAAUGCGGAUGUAUUAAUUGAUAUAAUUAUUAAUCAAGAAUCAUGAAAAUAUAUAUAUAUGUAUAUUCGGAUAAUUUUAUCAUUCUGUUGUGUAUUUAUAUAGAAAUACGAUAGUCGUCGUUAAUUUUUGUUAGUUGUUCAUUCGUUGUAUAAAUGUGUUGUUUUGUUACGUAACUUGCGAUUCUAUUCCAACCAACAAUGAUCGAUUUUUUUUAUUUUUUUAAAAUUUAUUUCGAAACGAAAAAAUAUAUAUAUGGAUUUGGUUUAAAAACCUCUUUUAUCAAUUAGAACUUGUUUUUAUCACCAAAAACGGCUGUUGCAUUUAAUAGUAAUCAUUACGUUUUGAAUGACAAUUGAUUUUAAUUUCUAAAUUAUCGGUAUACUUUUAUGGUUCAAUAAUCAAUAUUCAAGAAGCAUGUGUAAUUCCUUGUAAUGGUUUGGAGCUAUUCAGUUGGUAUGUUUAGGUUGACCUCAUACGUAAGUUUGUAAUACGCUAUGUAAAGCAAUAUUAAUUUGCCUUAUGACUGCUUCGCUCAUAAACAUUAUCUGUUUCUGUAAUGUUGUAUAGAUAACAUAUUAUGUUUAACAUAUUUAUUUGUAUUUAUGUAAUAAAAUAUAAUAUAGUUGUAAACUCCUACCUGUUUAAAAAGUAUCAAAGAACGUUGUGAAUUUAUGAUUUGUGCUCCAUUGUUGGUUAUUUUAUAGAAUACGUAAUAACUUUCAUAAAUAUAUAUAUUUUCUUUCUUUGCGUUUAAUUGCGUUUAAUUAGUAAUACAUGUAGUU